GUACCGGUAUUCUUUUUUAUCUGUUUUAUUAAUUAUUGCUUUGUGGUUGGUAGCUUUUUUGUUCCAAGAUGAGAACCUUUAUUGUUAUUGCACUAUUCGCAGUGUGUAUCGUAGCGCUCUGCAAUGAAGCCUCUGCUUCCCCAGCAGACGACAAAACGAAAGAAAUGAAGCCAGGAUCGACGACGCCGAAGAGCGUAAAAGACGCCCAGAAGAAAGACGAAAAAUCGAAAACAUUCAAGAAAGAGUGUGUGAAAAACUGCCCGACGACUUUUGAGCCCGUGUGCGCACACGACCCCGCUAACCCCAACUUCAAGCCUCGUACUCUCGCCAAUCAAUGUACUAUGGAUACCGUCGCCUGCGAAAUGGGACUUAAACUCGCGGUCAAAAACAAGGGUGAAUGUCCUGGCUCAGGUGGCGUCCGAUUAUCUUAA